UUACGUAAGGCGCGAGUCCCGCGCUGCCGGCCCGGGCUCGGAGACUCGGCGGGCGGAGGCGGCGCCGCCCUGCGGGAAACGGGCUGGAAGCUUCUCAGAGCGCUGCCUCCAGCCAAGGGGCGGCCGGCGAGUCCCAGUGCGAGCGGAGGGUGCCAGAGGUAGGGGGCCGAGAAACAAAGUUCCCGGGGUUCCCUCCCGGGCUGCGGUCUGGGCUGCGCGUUUGGCCGCUCCCCCUCCUCGCGAAGGCAAUGGCUUCCAAACUCCUGCGCGCGGUCAUCCUCGGGCCGCCCGGCUCGGGCAAGGGCACCGUGUGCCAGAGGAUCGCCCAGAACUUUGGUCUCCAGCAUCUCUCCAGCGGCCACUUCUUGCGGGAGAACAUCAAGGCCAACACCGAAGUUGGUGAGAUGGCAAAGCAGUACAUAGAGAAAAGUCUUUUGGUUCCAGACCAUGUGAUCACACGCCUAAUGAUGUCCGAAUUGGAGAACAGGCGUGGCCAGCACUGGCUCCUCGAUGGUUUUCCUAGGACGUUAGGACAAGCGGAAGCCCUGGACAAAAUCUGUGAAGUGGAUCUAGUGAUCAGUUUGAAUAUUCCAUUUGAAACACUUAAAGAUCGUCUCAGCCGUCGUUGGAUUCACCCUCCUAGUGGAAGGGUAUAUAACCUGGAUUUCAAUCCACCUCAUGUACAUGGUAUUGAUGAUGUCACUGGUGAACCAUUAGUCCAGCAGGAGGAUGAUAAACCUGAAGCAGUUGCUGCCCGGCUAAGACAGUACAAAGAUGUGGCAAAGCCAGUCAUUGAAUUAUACAAGAGCCGAGGAGUGCUCCAUCAAUUUUCUGGGACGGAGACGAACAAAAUCUGGCCCUACGUUUACACACUUUUCUCGAACAAGAUCACACCUAUUCAGUCCAAAGAAGCAUAUUGACCCUGCCCAGUGGAAGAACCAGGAAGAUGUGGUCAUUCAUUCGUGCGUGUAGUAUUGGUGCUGUGUCCAAAUUAGAAGCUAGCUGAGGUAGCUUGCAGCAUCUUUUCUAGUUGCAGUGGUGAACUGAUAGGAACACAGUUGAGUAGAAAGUGUUCACGAAGAGGCCCUCCUCUGCCUUUCAAAAAGAAGGUCACCUACACAUGUUUAAGGUGUCUCUGCACGUGUCUCAAGCCCUUCACAAGAAAGCAAGUACAGUGUGGAUUUCAAAUGGGAUGUAACUUCAGCUCCAGCUGAUUAUUGACAGCUGUGUUGUUGCUGUGGUAUCCUUUUUUACACGUGUUGGUGAUGGUCUCUGGUUCUCCCCAACCCCUCAAAGGCUGUUGAACCACAGCACCAAAAAGCCUGAGAAUGAACACGAAGGGCUCGAGCCCAGGCUUUGUCCUAUGAUGUGUGGUGUGUGCCCUCCUGGUGACAGUGAAAUUGAAGCUGCUUACUCACAGUGGUGGUUUCUCUGGUGUUGAGUGACUGUGUCCACAGUUCAUUUUUUCCCAGUAGGAAUAACUGUUUUCUGCAUCCAUACUCCAUAGAGGCACUCCUUUUCAGACAUCCUGAGAUGAAAGAAUUUAGCUUCUGUUCUUUUGUUUGACUUUUUUUUUUUAACAUCUGUUUUCACUCUUAGGCUAUUAAACGAAACAGAUUGUUACUGCUCUUUUCCCUCUCAGAUUCUUCUAAGAACUGAGAGCGAUGGGGCUGUAUUGAAUCUCUAUACACCGGGAACUGAGCUGUGAAGAGGAUCUUAUUAAACUGCUGGUCUGACUUUCAUGGAUUAACACUGUUCCUUUCUUUUAUUGUGGGGAAAAAAAACACAAAAACUGAAAGUUUUGGGAACCCCCUAAAGUUUUCUGGGAAUCUGCAAAUAGCAUGGGAAAUAUAAGUAUUUAGCUACAUAAAUGUUAUAAGGUCAUAUCUUAUGUAUCGAAGUAAAAAGAUCAUUUGGAAUUACUGGACUAACUGAAUAGUUAAGGUUUCUAUUCAGGACAAUAAAAUGUAUUUUGAAAGUGCUGCUAACUAUUGAUGCUGACAGUGUUUCACUCCUGUGAGUGACCCAAGCAUACUAUAAAUAGGUGAAAGGAAUGGAGCCUGUGGGAGCCUGUGGGGUUGAGCAGAAUGUUGUGCUGGCUGCUCCUGGACUGAAUAUAACAGCUUUACAAUUAAAGGAAAACAAAUUUUUUUUUUUUUUUUUUUUUUUUUUUUUUUUUUUUUUUUCCUGUUCCAAAGAUUCAUCCUAUGGAGUGGCCAUAAAGUCUAGAAUUAGAUAAGAAUAUUUUGUCAUUCAUUAUAACAUAAUGUCAAUAAACCAUUUGUUAAAGGAUUUGCCUUGUUUCCAGACUUGGUGGCCACCUUGAAUAAUUUUUGCUGUCCUCUGGGAAGGAUGAUGAAAUUUAUUCCUGCUGCCUUAAAAAUAUGUAUCCCCUCUUCAUGCAUCAUGACUGUCCCCAGCGAGUGUCCUUUACUAUUCCUGGAAGUGACUUCUGUAACUUUUCAUACUGGUGAGAAGAAAAGAAGCCUAUUUUAGCACUUCGAUGGUGUCGAAACACAUUACUUACUUUCUGAAGAUGCUCCGGUGAAUCCCCUGUCAAUUCACUGCCAUAUGUAAUCUGUAUGAUAAUCCAUCUUCUAGGUACUGGCCAAACUCUUGCCAGCUCCUCUCCCAUUGUCACUUCGUGUGAAUAUUUUUUGGCUACCUUAGUGGAAAUAUAGACCAGUCUCCUCCCCAUCCUCUCAAACAUAAUGACAUUGUUUACUUUUUAGGUUUAUGUAGUAAAGAUGCCCAGUCAGGUCUAUGAAUCGUCAGUGCGUUCUAUUGACUCUUGAGCACUUUAGAAUUUAGAGUUGUAAUUGAAUGCUAGUUUGUGGAGAUGGGGUGCAUAUCAGAUAUGGAGGUAAAAGCUCAGGUUUUCUGGGGAACCAGGAAUAGAGAAAAAUAAGUUUGACAUGAGGAAAACUGCACGAUUUAGAGUAAGUCUGCCAUAGAGAAAAUUUCCACAAACUGGGAAAUGUAGAGAGUUAUUCUAUAGAAUAAUCAAAAGAGGAAAGUCUGUGCUUUUUUGGAAACAGAAGUCUUCCAAAUUCUUUCUUCACUUCCCAUGUUUAGGUGACCCUCCAGUGUGAUCAUUGCCUUUGGAGUUUGGGAGAGGUAUGGGAAAUGGCUGAUCUGUUUCCGUACUUCACUCCACCCAUCCUUCCCUCCCGCUUCUCCUCCAGCUAAAUGGACAAUUCUAGCCAACAUCGAGUCACUCAGUAAGUCUCAACAGUGAGUGUGUUUGCUGAGAUUGUCCAGCAGUUGAGCAGUUUGAUCUCACCUCCCUCGCUAGGCAAGACCAAAAAAAGACAAAUAUCUUUCCCAUGAUCUUUGAAACAUAAUGCUUAUUUCAUGGUCAAUGGCCUUUUAAAAAAAUCUAUUUCUGGUUUUCUUCAACAAACUCACUAGUUUUCUCUUACAUGAUUUUGUAAAACUUAAGGUUAUCUUGAAAAUGUUUUGCCAAAAGUAAAAUUAAAGGAAUAUCUUUCCUUGUUUUUUUUUUUUUUUUUUUUUCCUACUGCCACACAUGACCAUUCCUUCACCAUUAAGCAAGGCGAGUGGUUGAAAUGGUUUCUGAGGUGCCAACCUGACUUUGCAUUCUGUCAUUUUACCCAGCUCUUAAUUCAGUUUGCUUCCAUUAUCCUAACAGGCUUUUUACUUAGAACUUGGAAAUGCUGCUGUGUUUAAUACCCUCCAACACUAAUGCAGACUUAAGAUAGGUACUGUUUAUUGAACACCUACUGAGUAAAAUGUGCGGUUUUAAGACCUUUAUAAACAUCUCAUUUAAUCUUUCCAGCAUCCUAUGAAACAGCCAUGAUUUCAUGUUGAUAAACAAGACAGGGGUCCCAGGGAUGUGAAGCAUCUUGCCCAGGCUUCUGCAGCUGAUGACCAGUGUAGCCAGGAUUCCAGCCCAGGUUUUCCUGACUCCGAAGACUGAACUUGUUCCUGGAUGUUAUUAAUAGCUACUUGUGUCCAAGCAACCAAGGGCCUUGAGUCUGCUCGGUUCUGCUUGUGGCCUCACAUCAAGAAUAACAUAGCUAGUCUAGGUAUGGUAGCCAUGCCUGUAGUCCCAGUGCUUUGGGAGGCCAUGAUGGGAAGAUUGUCAGAAGUUCAAGACCAGCCUGAGCAAUAUCACAAGACUCCAUCUUUACAGAAAAAUUAAAAAUUAGCCAGGCCUGGUGGUGUACACUUGUAGUCCUAGUUACUCAGGAGACUGAGGCAGGAGGAUUGCUUGAUCCUAGGAGUUCGAGGCUGCAGUGAGCUAUGAUUGCACCUCUGCACCCCAGCCUAGGCGACACAGUGAGACCCUGCUCUCUUUAAAAAAGAAAGUAGCAGAGCUGGAGCUCACCAAAGUGAUGUUCACCUUUUUGUGAUUUUCCUUUUUUUCUUCUUUUGCUUAAGCAAAGAAAGCUGCUAGAGGGGAGUCUUAGUCUUCCUGCCUAAGACCUCCUUUAUGAAUAGAAUAAAAGGCUGUCAGAGUAGGCUGGGCUCGGGUCCAGGCUAAUCUGUGAAGGAAGCAAGCUCCUGUUCCUUAUCUACACUUUGGACGUCCACUGGGUCAUGCCCCUGAAGUGGUCUUUACCCUUGAGCCAUCCCCAGCCAUGGUGCCCACACAUAGGCUUUCGAGCUCCUUGGAGCUAUCCAGAACCCUGCUUACUCUUCUUUCCUGGGAUCAGAACAAAUCACCCCCUUACUCCUACUCCAAACAAGGUCUUGAUGAUAAAUGAAUCCUCAAAGUGCUGGUAGGUAAACAAACGAUGGAGCAUCGAACACAGGUUAACUCCUGACUUUUGUGCAAUUGUUUCUCGAUUCCAUUACACAUUAACAUGACUCUGAAUGCCAAAUCCAAAUCUUUGCCCAUCGUCUACUUGUCGUGCAACAGUUGAGGCAGUAACCAGGGGAGAUUAACUUCCUGUCUUGUCCAUCCCCAGGGAUUACUCCCCUGCUGCCCUCUAGCAGCCAAGCUCAGAUGAGCUCUGUUGUUACCCUAGGUGUGCCUGUCUCUGGUAGGGAAGGAGAAAGUUAAGAAUAGCCAUUAAUGAAGAAGGAUUCUUGGAGAGAGGUGCUGCUGUGGUUUUUCCUGCUGCUUAAGAUGUUGAGACAGGAUAACUUAGAAAGAUGCCUGCACAAACCCAUAAACAGUGCUUUUAUACAAUUUAGUUCACCAGUACCCGAGUUCAGCAUUUGACAUUAGCUUUUUGUCUAAUGAGUUUAAGCCUGCUGGAGGUCUUUGCUCAAAUAACAAAUACCGCCUACUUCCAAAUGUGUUCAGGUAGAGGCAGUAGGUAGUUUGUUUACUCCAUGUUAGGUACAUUACAUGCAUUGGCUAAUCAAAUCCUUAUCAGUUACCUAUGUAAUAAUCUCAAUUGCCUCCUAGUUUUAUAAGUGGAAAUAAUCCUGUUUAUUUAAACAUGUUUUCAUGUACCUAUAGGGAUUAGGAAAUUCAAAGAGCCUUUUUUCUACCUUUCCCUAGUUUGAGCUCCCUGUUCUCAUUAACAGAUAAAACAACAUAUUUACUUCAGCCUGGAAUCUUUUAUUUUUGGUGCUUCAGUGCAGAGACAGGAAACAGGCCCUUAGUCACACUGGUAGUUGCCCACUGUACCUACAGAGGGCAUAUCUCAUCUGUGUUCUGCUGGGUUAUAGGACUUCACCUGAGAAUUCUGUUGAUUACCGUUCACUUAGUUUCUUUACUUUCUACAGUUGAUUUUGCUAGAGAGGCAGUUCGUAAGGUGAGGUCCUGUUCAUAGUAUGACUUGCUUUCUCACUGUCCCCUUCCAUUUUUAGUAACUCUGGUCUAUUUGAUGUCUUAAACAAAAGAACCUGGUAAUGGAGACUUUUAAUAUGGUAAUGUGGUCUGGUAAUAAGUUACUCCUUUCCAGAUGUAAGUGACCCAGUCUGGUUUCCGGAUAAGAAGUGUGCAAGCCUCAGAUGUUGAGAAGCUGUAUUUCAACUAUGAAAAAAAUCUGCUUCCUGAGUCUGUUGAAAUAUAAUUGUUCAUACUUGCCAUCCCUUAUCUUUCUUGUAACAAUUUGCACAGUUCUUGCCAGAAUAAAUGCCAUUAUCUGUAUGCUUCAGGGAAUUCCCCAAUUUGAUCAGUGAGGUGGGUGUGUAUGUGUGACUCAGUAAAACACUUAUAAAGGGUGAAAGCUCUUGUAUGGCAUAGAUGUGAAUUCCUUCCUCUGGAAAUAAUUAGGUUAUUCCCGGAAACGCAAUGUCAUUCUUUAAAUAAAAGCUUUCCUGUUUAAAGCUUUUCAAAGGAGCAGACCACCUUGAAGAUUCCCCUUAGGGUUGAUAUGUGUCUAAUUCAUUUUAUAAAAUUAUUCUUGUCUUCAUUUUAAAGCUUUGGCUGUAUAGUCAGAAAUGUUCUAAAUAACAAACUAUUUUGUAUUUAAUUUAGAGAAGAGUAAAGGGAAGAAAAAUGAAAACUCCGUUUUUAUGUAAGCUCCAAGGAUAUUAGGGCUUAGAGGGCUUUUCUAGUUUUAUGAGAAUUUGUACUACUGAUUUUUAUAUAUUCUUGUUUUUGAGAUGAGCAGAUCUCUGGGGAAAUUGUUGAGUUACAAUGGCAUUUCACUGUGAUCCCUCUCAAGCUCAGAUCAGUUCUGUAACCCAGUGAUGACCUGUCUCUUUGGUUUACUGUCCUGUGAAAUGUCUGCUCAAGUUUCCCAGAAGUCGUGUGUUUAUGAUGAGUCAGAGUGCUUUUCCUUGGUGGGACAGUUGUUGGCCCUCUUAAUUUUGGUGUAUGUGCUUCAAAGUAUCUAAAUCUCCAGUCUGAUCUGUAUAUGCUAUCCUAACUGUUAAUUUUAUUAUUGAUUAUUUUGAUUACCUUGCUUGAAGGUUCAUACUUCUCAAUUGGAUAGAAAUAAAGAUUUUUUUCUGCUUAUAACU